AUGGAACAGAUAUAUAUAUGUUUAAGAGAAGAAUUCUUAUCAGCUGCACAAUAUCACAUUAAUAAAAAUACAUUGAAUACAUUUAAGGAAUAUUAUAUGCAAUAUAUAGAUUCAAAUCGCAAAUUAAGUCAGAUUAAAGAUUUAACGACAUUAGUGAAAAUAUUAGAAAAACGUGAUAUUUUAAGCUGUUAUAAUGUGAAACCACUUUUACAUAUUUCAAAUUAUUUUUCAAAUGAGUCUUUACAGAGCAAAAUAAAGGACUAUAAUAUUUAUGUUAAAAAUAUAUCAUAUUCUUUGUUUUGUAAUAUGUAUCAAAAAACAAAUGAAAAUAUAAAUAAGGACAAAUGUGAAAUAUCAAAUACAACUGAAAAUAGUUCAUUACAAACAACAUCUAACAAGCAUGAAAAUGAAUUUACGUUACAAUACGAAGAUCAAAAAAAGAAUGUUCUAUUAUCGCACUUAAGUGAAAGAAUUGGUCGUUCUUGGAGAGAUACUGUUAGACAUUUAGAUAUACCUGAAUACCAAAUUGAUAUUAUUGAAAACAAAUAUCCUUUUAAUUUAAAAGAGCAGAGCUAUGAAGCUUUGAAAUUAUAUAUGACCCAAUAUAAUAACAAUAAUUGGAAAAUAAAUUUAAUAAAUGCUUUAGAGAAAGCAAGACGUAGAGAUCUGAAGGAACUUGUUGAGAAACUAAUAUUAGAAAAUUAA